GCAGCGGCGCGGGCGGGAUGUUCAGGGCGCGCUGCGGCCCGUCGCCUCCGACGCGUCGGCUCCUCCCCUUCAAGUACCCGGGCGGGGCUGCGCUUGCUGCAGGAACCUGCCCUUUCGGAGCCGCCUCUCGCCGCCGCCGGGCCCCGAGCCGCCGCCCGAGCCCGCCCGGCGCCGCCAUGGUCUCCUGGAUCAUCUCCCGCCUCGUGGUGCUCAUCUUCGGCACCCUCUACCCUGCGUACUCCUCCUACAAGGCCGUGAAGACGAAAAACGUGAAGGAAUACGUGAAGUGGAUGAUGUACUGGAUUGUGUUUGCCUUUUUCACCACUGCAGAAACACUCACAGACAUUGUUCUUUCUUGGGCUGAGAGAUGCCCUGUUUAUGGAGUUUUCAUGGCUAUGGAUGAAAGACUAAAUGAGACUCGAAGAAGGUUUCCCUUUUAUUUCGAGCUGAAAAUCGCAUUUGUGAUUUGGCUGCUCUCCCCUUACACCAAGGGCUCCAGUGUCCUCUACAGGAAGUUUGUGCACCCAACGCUCUCCAAUAAGGAGAAGGAAAUUGAUGAAUACAUUACUCAGGCUCGUGACAAGAGCUAUGAAACCAUGAUGCGAGUUGGCAAGAGAGGGUUAAACCUUGCUGCCAAUGCAGCAGUUACUGCAGCUGCAAAGGGCCAGGGAGUUCUGUCUGAGAAGCUGCGAAGUUUCAGCAUGCAGGAUCUCACUCUGAUCCGAGAUGAAGAUACUGUACAUAUGCGAAGCCAUGAGCCACAGCUGCACCCCUCUGGUGGGAGUCUUCUUGAAACGAUUGAGGAUUCAGCUUCCUGUUACUCCUCAGGAGAGGAGAGCAGUGUGGCACAGAGGUCUAAUGGAACCCCAUCGGAGGCUAGAACAGACCCAUCAGAUGAAGAUGCAGGAGACAAACUUCCUAAACGUACCCAGAGUCUCAAAGCUCCUAAGAAGAUGAUGAAAGCUGAGCUUCCAGUAAGGAGUGUGAAAGCCCGCCCCAAGAAGAAAGCUGCAGGCUCUCUUGCUUCUGGCGAGUCAUCCUAAGGAGACCUCCCCCUCCCCAGCACCUGUCUCUGUCCCAGGAUUUGCCUGUUACUUUUGAGGGGAAACUCCCCAAAGGAAGGGAGCUGAGAUUCAUGUACAUAACAGAUACUGCUUUGUAGAGCUCAUUCCAAGGCAAGGGGGAGGCUGGGAUUCAGAAAACGGAGUAGAGGAUACACAUCCUCAGGAAUUUUCUCCUUUUCAUCUCUCUGUUGGAGGGAAUGCUGAUAUGUCUGUACAUAGCCUGUAGCCUUGGAAUUCCCACUGUAUAACCCUAGUCGGGGAGAAUCUUUGCUGGAAGAACUGACUAGGGUUACAGGCAUCCAUUGCACAGAAGCUGGAAAAAUAGUAGACACUGGAGUUCCACAGGGUGGGUGGCUCCCUAAAAUGUCUUAUCUUGCUCUGGGUAUUCUUCUGCAGCUGCAUGUUGUUAAGAAGUGCCCACCAUGGUUCAUCUUCCUUAAGAAUGGACUGUACCUGUCAUGUCCAUCCCCUUUGAGAAAGUGACUUGAAAUGAUGUGUGGUGAGUGCUCUUGAACAUAAAGGACUAGCUUAUGGGAGGUGUAUGCUAGAUUCCUGCUACUAGUACUUGAAGAUGAAGAGGUUGGGUUUUAUUUUAUUUUUUCUGGAAGGUGAAAGGAGAUGAUUGAAAAACUGAGUAAUGAAGAAAAUGUGCUGCUAUAUGCACAUGUGAUACAGGUGAUACAUGGAUACAGGUAUCUCCAAGAGUUAACUAUUGAGAAGGAAAGUUGGGCAUCUGUAAGAUUUUGGCUCUUUUUGAAGCUGCUUGAAUUUUUUUUCAGGUUCUGUUGUUCACUUUGAUUCCUGUGAGGGUGAGGCGAGUCCCAUGCAGUGGGAAAGUUGGCAGGGAGACUGUUGCUUUGCCAUUUAGUGGUUGAACUCCAUGUCAUCCUGAUCCUUUUUACUACAGACAAAUUCUUUCAUUCUAGCAGACGACUGGGGAAAAUCUGGCUCAAUACAGUCUGCAGGCAUACUUGAGAAUUUCAGAAGCCCUUAUCUCUCAGCUUUAGGAGAUCCAAUCCUCAGGGCAUAAGAACUGACAAAUAGCUGAUGUAUGAAUUUCACUAAUUCCAGGAUUCCAUUUACAGGGGAUAAAAAGCAGAGAGUAGGGCACAAUACUGUGAUUAAUCAAUCCUCUUGCUUUAUCCUACUGCAGCCCUUGCACAAAUUUUCUGUCUGACCCUGUGCCAUGUUUAUCAAGGUCCUGAGACUUGAGCAAUAUGUAACACUUGGGACAGAACUACACUUAAUGUAGAAUAUGUAUCAUGGGAGUGAAAUUGCAGUGCUGCAGAGAAAACUUGCAUCAUGCCAAGCCAUGUUGGAUUCUAAUCUGUUGAACAUUAAGGGCAGAUUUCCCCCGUACACAUGCGAGCACAGUCUAUAGGAAUUUGAGAUGAGUAGGGUUCCUGUUGUUGAGAUCUAUAAUGGGGGAGUACCAUUAUAGACAUGGUUGUCUGCAGGAAUACUUGAUGGUCUUAAUCUUUACUGAAACUAGUCAUCAAACGAACCUGGCUCCUCCUUCCCUACUGAAGACCAUUCUUAGCUCUAGGUACAGGCAUUUCUGUUUGCCCAUGUCUUUUACUGUCACAUUUCUGAAAUUACAGUGGAUUCUUCAUGGAGCCCAGUAUUUUGCUGUUGACAAUGCAUAGAAGCACUUCUGCAAUUAACGUUCCACAAAUAUUUCUGUCCUAGGGAAUAGCCCUUCAAAAGUUUUUGAAGUUGAAGAUUAGGACUGAUUUUUCUUUUCUAGUUUCCCAUUGUCUUGGUGGCAAAUUGUUAUGAAUUGACUAUUUUUUUAGGAAACAAGUUGGUUUUACUUUUAUUUGUAGCUUUUAAAAAUUGAAAUCUUGACAGACCGUGUCAGAAACUUGCAUCUUGUCAGAAGUACUUGUCCCAAACUAUCCACAAGGCCUUAUCCAGAAGCCAGUAGAAAAAAAUAUUUGGUUUUGAGUUUCACAAAAAACAAACACACACACACAGGUAUUUUGUUCUUUUUGGUUUGUUAGCAAACAUUGUAUACGUGUCUCACUAGUAUGUGCAAAGGCAUGUCCUGAAGCAGGAAUUCUUUCUGUUUCCAAAGGAAAUUUCUCCCUCCAAAUGAGGGAUAAAAGUCUUUACUGAUUAUGUAGAAGAUUCAGUUGUGAGGGAUUGCUAGCCUAGAUUUUACUGUGCUGAACAGGAUAGAAACAUUAUUCUCUAUAUACCAAAUAUCUCUAUGACCACAUUUCUUGGAAAAAAAAAAAUUAACUAAAAAUUUCCAUAGCAAAUUAUUUAUGUAAAUCAUUGUGAGAGACUUGAUUUGGAAGACAAGGAUUGGUUAGUCUCCCCUUACGUUGAUCUUCAUGCCCUUCCCUUGUGCAUGCGUUAUGAUAGUCUCGGAUUACUCGGUUUUCAUACAGUGACUUUCCAAAAUGUUUUCUAGAACCAGUUCAUUUGUAGCACCUCUUCCUGCCUUGAAGCACAGAAAGAAUUUCUGAAGACUCAGUUUUGGCAUUUGGAUUUACCUUUGUCUUCCUGAGCUAGGUCCUGUGCUAAGUAUCUUUUACUUAGCAUUGAUGCUUGAUGUCAUUAGCCUAUGGGUACGUACAGGUCAGUCUUACUCUGGCUUUUGUUGUACAAGGGAAUUAAAUGAUGUCUGGUUGUAAGGGAGAGUCUGGAAUAGAGUCAGGGACCAUUAGCUAGUGUGUGAUACGAAGCUGAUGAUGUCAAGUGGCAGAACUUACCCAGAGCAAGAACAGUGUCUUAGCACGGACACUAUUUUCUUCUUCCAGUACAAAUGUGACAGCUAGAUUGUGCUCUGCUUGAUCAAAGCCUCUGCAGAUCUGCCACCACCCAGGUGACCUCUUAGUGAGUUCUAUAGUUCUGCAUUGGAUGGCAUGGUCUUACAUAGAAAUUCUCUUGUUAAUGAGAACGCUGAAUGUGCUCUUUUGGUAAAAUGCUUUUAUCAGCUGUUGUUCAGCGUUUUCAGCAGGAAAUGCUGGAAUGUAGUUUCUCCUCAGUAUCAUCUGUGGGCUUCGUUGUGCAAAUAAGCAACUCGUUAAAUCUUCACCUAGCAAUAGAACUAGAAGUGUUGUGUUGAGUAAGUGUUUACACCCCUUCCCUAAUAUGCCUGGGCACAGAAACGCAGCAACAGAAAAUGAUACCUGAAGUUGGGGUGUGGGGUGUGGCGGGGGGUGGUGUGCGUGUGUCAAACUUUGUGUGCCUAAAAAUUACCCUAAAAUACCUGUACCGUGAGAUACAAAGUGAAGCCAUGACUGCCUUUUGGAAAGAAAUGUACAUCCAGCUUUAUAAUACCAUGAAUAAGUGUUCUGCUGUUAGAAAAGAAAAUAGUGAAAUGUGGUUUCCCUUCUGAGAAACUUCAUGUUUUGCUGCGUAAAAGGGAAAAAUGUUUUCUUGCCUGGCAGUAUCUUCCAUGGUGGGCAAGAAAUAGGAAAAUACAGGGGAGGCUACUGUCAGGUUUUAAACCCUACACUUCAACUAAAAAUCUUAAUUUCUUACUGUUCUUUAUUGAGUUUCUGAUUCUCCAGCAUUAUGUUUCUGAGUCUGGGGGACUGAUUUCUGUUAGACUAGAUUAACUUGCUUGGCAGGUGGAGGGUGUAUUAGAGAGGAGGACACUGGUGUUUUUAAAAUUGCAAAGCUUGUUCUGGGGAAGCUAUGCCUUCCCCCUUUAGGGAAUUGAGUUCCGUUCAUUGGCCUUUUGCAGUGCAGUGCUUUCGUUUUUAUACAUUCCUCUUGGAAGUAUGACUCCCUCACAAUAUAGUAAUUUCUGCCUUGAAAAGCAAGAUUUCUAGAGAACUCUGACUUUCCAGAAAUUGUUCUUUAUUCUUUGCCAUCUUAAACAGCAGGAAAUGCAGUGCCUUAGGAGGAAAGUGGGCUAACUGUGGAAUACUUUGCUGGUUCUCUGAUCUGCACAUAACAUGCAAGCCUCCUUGAUACAGUGCUAACUGUGAAAUGUCAGCGUAUGCUUGAGAGCAGCCAUUGAAUCGAGCUGAGUUUUCCUGUCUGUCUUCCAAACUCGCAUAUAAUGCUAGAAAGUGUGGCUUAUUGCCUAAGAGAGAAAUCAAAGGGGAAAAAAAAAAAACAUUCUUGACCUUCUUUCUGACGGGGGCACUGUAUUGUCACAUUAUUGUGCUACUUGCGAGAUGCUGAAUCAUAUCUAUGGAACUGGUCAGUACUAUAGCUUUUCUUGCUUUACCCACUGAGAAUUUGUGAUGUGCCACCUGGCUGAAGCAUCUUGUGGUGCUGCUUUCUGAGUUGCCCUGUAAAGUCAGAUAUGUGGAAAACCAGCAAAGUAUUUUGAAGCUAUAUGAGCUCACAGAAUCAUAGUCAUUGGAGUUCGAAGGGGCCGCUGGAGGUCAGCUGGUUCAACCUUCCUGCUCAAGCAGGGCCACCUAGAGCCAAAGCCCAGGAGCUCCUGUGUGUUAUUUGUGGUUAUAUUUGUGGUUAUUUGUUAUAUGUGGUCCGGACCCUACUGAAUUUAGUAUUUAAGAGCUGGUAUGUGCAGAAAUGCAUAAGCUGUAUGGAGAUGGGCUUUAUUGUUACUGAGGAGAAAGAAUUCCUGGUCAACUUUUGUCUGGAAUUUGGCACUAUUACAAGACAGUAUAAACAUAGAAUCAUUAAGGUUGGAAAAGACCUCUAAGAUCAUCAAGUCCAACUAUCGACCCAACGCUACCAUGUCUCCUAAACCAUGUCCUGAAGUGCCACGUCUACACGUCUUUUAAAUACCCUCAGGGCUGGUGACUCCCCCACCUCUCCGGGCAGCCUGUUCCAAUGCCUGACCACUCUUCCAGUAAAGAAAUUUUUCGUAAUAUCCAAUCUAAGCCUCCCCUGAUGCAGCUUGAGGCUGUUUCCUCUCAUUCUGUUGCUAGUGACCUGGGAGAAGGGACCAAUACCCACAUCACUACAACCUCCUUUCAGGUAGUUGCAGAGAGCGAUAAGGUCUCCCUUCAGCCUCCCCUUCUCCAGACUAAACCCCAGCUCCCUCAGCCGCUCCUCAUAAGACUUGUGCUCCAGACCCUUCACCAACUUCCUUGCCCUUCUCUGGACACACUCCAGCACCUCAAUGUCCUUCUGGUAGUGAGGGGCCCAAAACGGAACACAGUAUUCAAGGUAUGACCUCACCGGUGCUGAGUACAGAGACACAAUUACUUCCCUACUCCUGCUGGCCACACUAUUCCUGAUACAACAUAACUCAGUCUUACAUUAUUUAUAGGUAUCGUUAAGAAGCCUAGAGGCUUCAGAAGAGGUCUUAAGAGGUGUGCAGAGUAACUUGUGAGAACAAUUGGUUUGAACAUUAAAUGAAGACAAUGAACUUGCAUAGCAACUAAGAACACGUCUUGUGAGAUAGAGUAGAAAAUGGGCUGUGUACAGUAGAGAGUUGUCCAGGAAAUAUUGCUGACUUUCUGAUCCUCAAGCAAUACCUAAACUGUGCUCUACAGAUUAGAGCCUGGUUUCUCUCUUACAGCACCUCGCUGUCUGUGUCUUAACCUUUCUAAGCUGGACUUGAGCUACAUGCAUUGAGAUUCUUCAACAUUUCAUUGCUUCAGAACAAUGAAGUUUAAAUUUUACCUCAGCAGGCAGCUGACCUGCAGGGAGGACCAGAUGAAUAUCAAGUAUCUUGCAUCACUUUGUAGUCGAUGUGCUAUGCUGGGGAAGCGCGAGCAGGGAGCUGCAGAAGAUACAUUCAUCUGGGAAACUACCCACCCCCACCCCCUGCCCAAAGCCUACAUUUCUGGAUGAGCCAAAUGCUGGCCUUUGCUACACUCAUAUACACAGCUAGUGGUAGAAUCCUAAAAUUAAAUAUCGGAAUUGCCAGCGCUCUGUUUCUGAUGAGAAAUGGAAUCAAAAUAAUAUGAAGGUAAAAGAAACAGUGGCAAAUUGGCGGGUUUUUUCCAUGCAAUUUUACAGGUAAAUUUAGGGCUUUGCUGCUUCUUUGCUUAAAACCUUUCCAUAAACCCCUUAAAAAAACCCGGAUACUUCCUUGCUCUGUUUCUCAGCUCCUAUCCUUUCACGACUCGGUUUUGUUUCUUAUGUUUUCUCUUAUUAAGCAAAGGACUACUUCCAUUUUGCUAACUAUGGAGACAUGAAAAAUACUGUCUUUUAGAGCUCAAAUUUAGCCUUUUUCCAUUAUUUAAUCCUAUGACCUAGAAUCAUACAGUGACUUGGCCUAAGGCUGGAUUCCCAGGUGAAAUCUGAGCAUCUACUGCCGAUAGCAUAGUUUGAGGUAUGUCCCUUUUCUUGCAGUGGGUUCUGGCUGAAAUAUGCUUACUGCAGACCCUUUGGACAAGAGCGUUCUGUCUGCAUUUAGCCAAAUAAUGUUAAAAGUCUUCUCUAAUGUAUAUCUGAGACAGUCUGAGACUACCUGAAAGAUUUGUGGCAGCAGUAGAAAUGCAUUGCUAUGCUGACUUGCCAAAGAUGGGGAAUUCAAUCGUGUUCUUUGCAGCAGGUCAGGGAGGAAAGUCAGGCUGGAUGGGAAGCAUACAAAAUUUUUACAUACAAGGGAACUAAGUUUUUAUCAUAAGUAAUGCUUAGAAACUUAACAAAAAGAAAGCAAGGUGAAAAUCAUUGGUGACUUUAUAAAAUCAGGAGGUGAAUUAUCCUGAUCGUCAAACCUAGUAUUGAAUACAAACCUUUUUGUAUUCAUGCUGCUGCCUGUUUAGGAAAGCCCUGAGUUGAUGGACUCCUCACUUUUGACUCCUCUGUUAGAUUAUUUCUCAAAUGUUGUGAAUGUCACAUAGAGAUAAAUGAAAUUUUUAUUUUGAUCUGUGACCAUGAAUUAAUGUAGAAAUUUAGGCAUGCUGAGCUGUGUAUGAGAGAGUGUUGGUUGAAUGAAAGCCCAAUUGAAAAAAUGGAGAAGCUGAGACAGAUCUAGCCAGGUAAAGAUGCCUGAAGGACCUUCCUUGAAGUGCAGAAAUUAGAGACUAUGUAGCAAUGCCUGUUUUUGAUUCAACAUUUUCAUGACAAGGUUCUGGUUAGCACAGUGCUGCUCUAAAGGCAGUAAGGCACAGGGAGGGUUGUGUAUUGCUUUUUGUCCACCAGAGGGUAUAAGCAUAACAUGCAAUCACUGAAAAUGAGAGAGCAGAGACUUGUCUGAAAACAGUUGAAUUAUGACAGGUUGAACAUCAGUAUUUCCUCUGUAAGAGAGUGAAGGUGCUGCUUAGAAAGGGGUGGGGAGAGGGAACAAACUGGGGUUCUAGUGGAGAAAUAUGAAGUAAUACUGCAGUUAACCCCUGACUAAAAAGGCUAUUUAAGCUUGCUGGGCUUUCUAAUUGAGCCACUUUGCAGUGAGGCUUGCUGAGAUAAUAGUUUUAGAGAAUAACUGUCCUCAAAUCAUUUCGUUGCCCAUUCAAACUAUUUUCUAGCUGCAGGCAACAGCUCUGUAAAUGCCAAUGUUUGUGAUGUAUCCCGCCCAGCCUUUUGCAAUUAACCAGUUUCUCUGUCUUUAUGUACUUCAGUAGUGUUGCCCUAAUUUAUACUCUGAAUUUUGUAGGAUUUCCUGGUCAGAAUGAGUAGUUGCUUUCAAUUGGAUCUGUAUUCUGUGAAAAUAGAAGCAAUUUUAUUCUAAAAAUACAGAUGUUUCUAAUGGUUACUAUGGUAAUUUGUGACCAUGGCAACAGAGAGUUAGCAUUCUGAAGAACAGACGGGUUCUUUGGGGUUUUGUUUGCUUGCUUGGUUUUUUUUGUUCUGGGUUUUUUUUUUAGUCAACAACCUAAUUAACAAUGCAAACACUGAUUUUUUUUUUAUUUAUUUUUUUUAUUUCUUAACCAUCCAAGAUCACAUGGGUACAAGGGAUUUUGACAUUGUCUCACAUAAGAUUUUUAUAGAAAAGCUGAUGAAGUACAGGCUGGAUGAGCAGACAGUGAGGUGGAUAAAAGACUGGCUGAAUGACCAGGCCCAGAGGGUAGUGAUCAGUCCCAGGAAGUCUAACUGGGGGCUGACAGCUAGCCAGUGUAGCCCAGGGCUCAAUGCUGAGUUCUAGUCUUGUUGAACAUCAUCAUUAAUGAUCUAGACGACAGGGCAGAGUGUACCGUCAGCAAAGUUUGUUGAUGAGACUGGGAGCGGUGGCUGAUAUGCAGGAAGCAGCAAGAGGUAUAUAGAGUAUCUGACCUUACAUCUCAAAAUAUAUGGAAAUCGUAAUAGGAACACAACAAGACAGUCUGAGAUUCUUUCUGAUGGUGAGAAAGAGGUGGUCUUUUAUCUGCAACAUCACAGAUGGAGACUUACAGACUGAAGAAAGGUCCAGGACAUACAAGCAGGUUUCUGUAGGAAAAAGAAAUAGAAUAGGGCUGGGGAUUCUUUAUUGUCAGACUUGGUAAAAAAAAAAAUAAUCUAUACGUUUAUGUUCUACUUUUCCAUUAUAUGAUCAGAGUUAAAUAAACAACAUAGUGCUUUCAGGCAGGUGCUAAUUUCAGCUACAAGUUGUGGAUUGCCCUGAUGUAGCUGAGACUGCAAGAGCAUGUAUGGCAUUAUAGGAAACACUUAGUAAUGAUUUAAAGAGUUAAAUUUAUAAGAAAUCAGUAUAUUCUUGAGGGAGGUAGGAAUGGGCUCUUAUGGCUAAGCCUUGUAUUUAGGGAAUGGCUAUCUCUGCCAGCAUAGAGCUAAUGUAAAGGCUCUCUACUAGCAAUGCUCAAUGUCAGUUUUAUAGGGAAAUGUGCUGGAUAUAAGUUAGCCAAAGGCAAAUCACAGAUUUUUUUUCCAAGCUUUCUCUUUUUCCUAGGCCCUGUUGGGGAAUCUAGCAACUGAAUGGAAAUUACAGCAUUGCUGCUGUCACUAGCUAAUUUGGGGCAAUUAAUGUCUUGAAUUAAAUUGAAUCUAAACUGCACUUAAAAGCCAGUUUUUGUAAAGGUCAGCUGUUGUGACCAUGCUGUAUUGGCCACAGGAAUACAGUAACUGAUCACUGAAGCCACUGUGGUGCUCAGAAGAUGGAAAACAGAGAGAAGGCCACCCCAGACUGAAUUGGUUCAGCUAGUCCAGUCUUCUGUCUCUGAUACUGCUCAGUCUAUUUGAUGACGAGCGGCCAGUCUGGAACUAACACACACACACGCUGGAAAAGCGUCUUCCUGACACUGUCGCCUUUUUACCUAUGCUCUGAAGCAUGAUGAUGGUAAAUGAUUGGGUUACUGGGAAUUUUUUAUUUCUUUUGUGGAGGGGGGGAGGGAGUUGUUUGAAUUUUUUCACUAGUUUUUUUUGUACAGUCAUCAAAAGUUUGGUCACUUGCUGCAGUAUAAUGACUUACACGUAGAAACCCUAAGGCAUCCUAAUCUUGUGUUGUGCUGGCUUUGUUACCUAGACUCUUUCUAGGUAUCUUUUUACAUUCUCUUUUGUGAAGACCGUUAAAGAAAAUUGUGUAUUAUCUCUUUGAUAUCUUGACCUUUUGUUCUCAUUUAUUUUCUCCUAUCUCAAAGGACUCAUUGUUUUUCUUCCAUUUCUCGCCAGAGUAUGAUACUAAAUGUUUUAUUGAUGCAGCUGUGCUUUCAUUCCACAGGGUGGCAGCUAAUCUGUAUUUCACUUCUCGAUUAUUUUGACAUUUCUGCUAGAAGCAGCUUUCCUGGUCGAGUUCCCUUCCGAGUCAUAAGGGUCAUGAACCUUUAAAUGUAGCCCUUCUGUUGGGGUUAAAGAGUGUUUGGAAAAGCUUAUUAUAUUGUGUCUGUUCAGGCUGUAUCAACUUGCUCAAGAUUGUAGUGGCUGACAAGAUAAAAAAAAGCAUCAUUCAAGGACUGAAUUUUGAAUAUCAUAUAUAUUGCUACUGUUUUAUGUGGGUCUCUCUUGUAAGUGGUGCUCCAGGCAUAACUGAACACAAGUAUGUGGCAGCACCUCUAGACAAAAGUUGCUUUGAUAGAGGCUUAGUUAUUGAUGUGGGUGGGGGAGAGAGGUUCUGGAAGUUAUUUUUUCACUUUUUGCUUCCAGUUUAUUUUAACAGAUAAAUGUCUCAGAUAAUUUGAAUUGAGAUUCCCAUGUGUUAUUAGAAUAGGUUUGUAGGUUUAUGAGUUGCAGGUAUGGCUCUUUGUUCUUUGCUAUUCAGUUUACAUAGUUUCCUCCCACCCCCUGCCCCAGUUUCUUAUUAUUGAUGCAUCUGAAUAUUUUUCUUUGAAAGGCUGCUGUUUUGUUAUCUUCUCAAACUGCGCUCUGACAUUGUUUUAAUUUAUCUCCAUGUCUUUUUCUUGUGUAUUUAGUCUCUUGCCUUUCCCCCUCUCCAUUGUUAAAUAAAGAAAUGGAAAUUAAUACAGAGUCCUGCUAUUUCUGCCAUGUAAAAAGUAAGGCAAGUUUUAAGAAUCUGGUUUGUCUUGGCUUUGUUUUCUCACUUAAGAUGUUGCCUUUCAGUUAGGUUGUGUCCACUUCCCAGCUAUUAACUGAGGACUUGGAUUCAUAUCACAACUGUAUUUGUUAAGUGGCCUUUUCAUUCCUGCAGGUCCAGAUCACUGUGGAAUCAAAUACUAUUACUGUUAUGCAUCCAGGAGACCUACCUAAAUUGCAACUGCAAAUAACUUCUGGGGGGGACAGAGGGUGGAAAGAAUUUAUAUGUGCAAAGUUAGAGAAUGAGUAUCUGUUUCUGUGUGCAUGUGCAGAAGCACAAAUAUUUAGUCAAUACUGCAUAGCUACUAUACCUAGGCAUGAAAUAUUAGAUGGGUGAAGAAAUAAUUGCAGCCUUGCAGGGCAGGUGGCAAGAACUCAGCUUACUUACUGAGAAGCCUGUGGUGUAGACAGCAGAUGCAAAGGGUGUGUCAGAUUAUGAGGGAAAAAAAUAGGCUGUGAGAAGAAUUCUCUGUGGUUAUCAUCAACAGUUGGUCCUCCACAGGCCCUGCUAGUGAGUAAAGUGGGUAGUCAGUGCUAGCAGUUGUAGUGACUGGGAUAAGAGAGGAAUGCAGCUAGCGGGAUUCUACUGGCAUUUCUUGGCUUGUUGUUUUGGGUAGUACUGAGGUCUCAAGCUGAUGGGCUGUGGUCUCCAGCUGGAACUUAAUAACAGAAGUAAUGGACUGAGUCGCUGGUUUUGAUUGAGUUGCAAUCCUUUCUGACUUUGAAAUUCAGCCUAGAUUUUGGUUCUUUUUUCUCUCUUCCCCGCCUUCCCCCCCCACCCCCCGGUACAGUUUUCCUUUGGGACCCUCACGUAGGUGGAGGAUUUCUCUUUUGUCCCCUUGCUGUCAGUUUUUCCUGCCAAUGCUAUGAAUGUCAAACCUGCCAGCCUUCCGCCUCCGUGGAUGUCCUUAUGAAGGAGGUGGAUUUGCUGCUGCUUCUGUUUCAGCCAGCUCAGAGUUGACAUUCCCAAUCCCAGCAGUCAGAAGCUGAAAUGUUUAUGCAGUAAAUAGAAGGUGUUUGUCUGUAUUUCUGGGCAUAUGCAAAAAAUAUUAUGUGGUUAUUUUGCUCUCUGUAUAUGUCUGUGACAUUUUGUAUCCCCACUUUUCCCAGAGGACAAGUGUGUAUUCACGUAUUUGUUGUACACUCAAAAUAUGGUUCAAGAGCACUUGACCUAUGCAGAGUGAUUACAGGAGCAGUUAAUGAGUUGCACAGGUUUGGACCUUGAGUUUGCCUGUUUGUUAGAACACUGGCAACUAUUGAAUUUCAACCUCUUCUCCUCUUGGGCUAGCAGCCUCAGGUAGAAAGUACCACUGAAUUUGUGAGUUGAAGGUAAUUGGUUAGAGAUGAUUGGCAAACAGCUGAGUCUGCUAGCACAGGAAUGGAAGUAAUCCUUUUGGAUCUUAGAGAUUAUUAUCUGGUCAGGAUCAUUCGUCCCUGUUUAUGAUGUUGACUCACUAGACCUGUCAUGAUUUAAUAAUGUGGAUAACCAUGAGACUUUGGAACCAUUCUGUGCAUUCACUAGGAAAUCUGUGCAAUUUUCAUCAGCCUGACUUCCCAUGGAAUGAGAGUAAAAUUUCCUGUCCUGAGCUGGCAUGAUUUUCUUUCUACCAGUUGGAGGAGGGUUGCUUUGUGUUCUUCCCAGCAUAUAGAAACCAUUAGAAUUGUUUCUAAAUCAUAAAUGUCAUUUGGCUACAUAAGACAGGGUUCAAAAUGAAAACAAGCAUACAAAGCAAUGAAGUGUCUUCAGUGUGAUGUCUUUGUGCUUCUGCCUUUUAUUUGACAUGUGAAACCAGGCCUCACGUUCUUUCUAAUGGACCAUGCUACGCGUGUUGAUCAGCGAAACGCUGAGCUUCAUUUUAGAGCCUCUUAGUCUACUGGCUCCAAGCAGUAGUAUCGGGUACAACGGUAUAUCCAUGGUGUUCUGGUUUUAGCCUUAAAAAUGCGUAUUAGUUGUUAUCUUUUGUAUACUUGUGCCCAGGCAUUUGGCUGCUUUUUAUCUAAUCUGUUUUGGUUUGCUUGUGUGUACUUUAUAAAAAGCUUUUCUUGGACAGUGUUAAGUGGGUAAAGACCCUUUUGAAAUGGGUAUAUAUGAAGAAAAGGAUCAGAGAUUCUACAAAAGAAAUGAAGAAUUAUUUCAGGGAAUCUCUGUUUAAACCCUCCAGAUGGCUUUUGCACAUGUUUGUAUAUUAGUGAAUUACAGGUAAAGGAAGGUUCCAAUUCCUUAGCACCAAAUAAGUAUUGUCACUCUAAACUCCAAGGAAGCUGGAAGAGUGAAACCUGUGCUAACUGUGGACAGAUAACCACAGCUUUUUAGUUAAAACUUUGUUUCUUAAUCAGAAUAAAUUCUUCCGCACACAACCUAAAUAACUGUGAUUAUACAUAUCAGAACAGUUUUCCUGAUAGACGGUACAGAAACAAUGUGGUUCCGGUAGGAAUACAAACAUGCUGUUGCUAUGGAGCUUCUGCCAUCAUCAUAGUAAAAGACACUGCCAAUGCUGCCAUACUCAGCUUGUGGGAAAGGCAGUCAUAACCUUAAUUGAUUUUUACAGAGCUCAAUUAUAUAUUCUAGCAAUGAAAUAGGAGAAACAGUCCUACCAAAGUAAUCUGGAUUCUUUUCAGAAAGUGAGAUAACUCAUGUGCCAGGAUUUAUGGUAAAUUUCCAUGCAACAAGAAAGCAAAAGCCAGAAGCAGGGAAAGAAGACCGUAUCAAUCAGUAUGUAGGUGCAACAAAGUCAGUGACCAAGAGGAACAUACAUCAGUUGGACGAAGUUACUGUACACAGAUGUACACAUCUGUGGUAGAAGAAAACACCUGUCCUGAAGAAGCAACUCGAAGGAAAAUGUUAAACACAAACAAUUAGAACUAUGAAGUCUGGGAAUCCUGGCCUGUUUAGAACUACUCAAAGAAGAAAUUGAAUACAUUGUUUAGUUUAAGUUAGUAAUUUAAUCCUAAUUUGACACUAUCAUCGCUAUAGUGCAUGCAUCUCCACAAAUCCAACUGAGAGGCAUGGUUGACAUAGAAGAUGGUAUUUUACUAAACUUUACAUACCUAAACCUUUAAAUGCUGUCUCAUAAAAUACACCCUGAUUUGAAUUCUGUGCAUUUUGCGUGAGUCCUUUUUUUGUGCAGAAGUGUUCAGUAAUGAACAUAGACUCCUUAAAAGUUGAAUGACCUCUGCACAUGUGAGGUUAUGCAAAUGAAAAAUGCGUAGAGUGAUCGUUUCUUGCUACCUAAUAUAUAUAAAAUAUUGAUCCAACGAUUUCUUGUUCAGUACAUCUUGUUUUCUAGUGUUCUUUCCAGGUGAUUUAAAGACAUUGUGUCUUCUUGAAAGACAGUCCUUUCAAGUUGCUUUUUAAUUUUUUUCUUUUUUUGUUUAAUUCAUUUAUUGCCUUUACUUUCAUUUAACCCUCUAAUGAUGUCAUCCUGUACCCCUCAAAUCAAAAGGAACUUAGCCGUUAGAUAUUGUAGAUUCCUUUUGGUUUUCAUAUCUAUGUUCAACAGCUUUUACAAUGCAUUUUAGCUUGCAUUAUUUGUGGAUUUAAUAUGUGACUUACUAAUGAGACUGAAGUGUAUUGGGUUUUAAAGUAUUCUCCUGGGUUCCUUUUCAACAACACUUCCGUUAUCUUUGUAGGUCUUUCUCAACAUAAUUGUUAUCUCAGAAAAUUAAAAAUCUGGAUAUAUAAUUAAAUGCAGUAAAAGUUCUUAAUAAAAUUGCUCUGUUCCUUUCCUUCUGAAA